CCACCUUUUCCUGCCUCUCUCCACCAGCAUCACCAUCCUCUGAGAAUGGGGGUGGAGACUGUAUAAAGGGGUCCCUCAGCUCCAGCCUGCCCAGAGUAGCAGCAAGGCAGAGGAAGACUACCAUCUGGAUCCCAGGUUUAAAGGAGCAGCCCUCCCAAGUAGCUCUGGGAGCAUCACCCAUCACUCCACUGAUCUCCCAUCCCUGCCUUGGUCUCAGCAUCCCGUCUCGACGGGGCUAGCAGGCAGCAGCCAAUUCUUCCCACGCUGUGCCAAAUGCCCACGCUCUCUUCCAGGAUGAAUUGUGUGGCCAACUUCUUCACCUAUGAGACCACCAAGUCAGUGGUGGUGAAGAGCUGGACCAUCGGUGUGAUCAACCGUGCCGUGCAGCUGCUCAUUGUCUCAUACUUCAUCGGCUGGGUGUUCCUACAUGAGAAGGCAUACCAGGUGCGGGACACAGCUAUCGAAUCCUCUGUGGUGACAAAGGUCAAGGGCUUCGGCAAAUAUGCCAACCAGGUUAUGGACGUGGUGGAUUACGUCACACCUCCUCAGCCCCAGGACAUCCUGGUCAGCUUCCUCCUGGAUCUGGCCAAGCUGACCAUCUAUAAGACGAGGAAGGAGUUUCUGGCCAAGAGGAACCUGAGCAAGGGUGGAGCCAUCUUCCUCUCACUCUUCUGGUCACGUCCCCAGGCAGGGUCUCUGGUUGACAUCCACAAGCUCCUAUGA